AUGGCGACUACAAUGGACCUCGCCGACAAGAUCCAGCUCGAUCAAGUUAUCAGCUUUCCUCAUACCAACACGACGUGGAAUAUCAUAGACCGUCUCUCACCGUGGCCUAAACCAACCGUUGCCAACAACUACUUGCCGACAAGUGACAGUUUCGUUCACUCAUACGUAUUUCGCGUCGAACUGGUGGGCUCCAGCGCCAAAGUGGUUCCUGACUACAUUCCCAAAUUUGCCAUUGUCAAAAUCAAGUGCAGUUCUGCCAUUCCAAAGGAUGCCAUCGACGUGGAUAUGCUGAACGAGAUUCGUGCACUGGAGCAGCUUACGCUGAACCGGAGCCAGCACACGCCGCGAAUCCUCGAUGCGAAGGUUCAGCAUCACCUCACGAGCAUGCGACGUUACGAGCCGCCCGAAGGGACUCAGGAAGAGCGCAAGCACUACGUGACAUACGUUCUCAUGACAGAAAUCGAGGGAUUGUGCCUCAAAGGCGAUGUUUUCUGGAAGCUGGACCAGGGCCAGCGCAGGCUUAUCAGAUUGGCGUUCCGCAUCGCUCUCACCGACGUGCAACGCUGCUGGGUCAUUCUGACCAAACCAGACCCUAAGCACCUCAUCUGGAACCGGGCGAAACAGAUGGUCUAUAUCCUCAACUUUGAGAAAAGCAUCACGUUCAACAACCUCGCUCUCAUGCACGACACGGAAGAAGGACACAUAUCUCGCACAUUACCUACACGCUUCCAAGCCUGGUCCAACGCCUGGUAUGUCGACUAUGGUCUGGCCGAGAGCAGCGUUGACCUGUUCACCAAGGGCACCGACAGCACCGCUUUCGACGAGCAGUGGCUGGCCAAGUAUGGCGAGACGGUGAUGCAGGAGCCAAAGAUGCCUAUCAAGGACGUGGCCGCCUUCCUUGUUGGCGCUAGAGGCGCCGGCAUCGAGACCCAUCCGGAGAAACGAAGCUACGCAGGCCAGUUGGCCAGUUUUCAGCAGACGCAGAACAGGAGAAACUGUGGCGUCAUGUAG